AUGGAUUCCUUUCGAUCUCAAACUCGAAAGAAAAGGCUGACUCCAAACCAGCUGAUGCUUUUGGAAACUAAUUUUAACUUCGAUAGCAAGCUCGACCCAGGUAGAAAGUCCCAACUCGCAUUACAACUAGGCGUGCCACCUAGGCAAGUAGCGACAUGGUAUCAGAACAGACGUGCACGUGACAAGAAUCAGAGUCUCGAGAUUGAUCACAAAAUUUUGCAGUUAAGACUCGAAAAUAUUUUAUCGCACAAUGCUAAGUUGCAAGAAGAAGUAGCGAGGCUUAAGGACGAGUUAAAUAAGGUUCAAGAAAUGUUACAAACCUUCAACUCUUCAAUUUCGAGCUCGUCUGAUGAAGUUGGAAGCACCAAUUUGAUUCAUAGCUCCAAGAAUCAUUUGGAUAUGGAGCCCUAUGCUUCUUUUAUCCGUGACGCAGGCCAGUUUGGGCCAAUAGAAGGGGAUGACUUAUUUGCUUGA